UGUUUCAGCCACAACAUUUCAUCACCUCCAUUAAUCACUUCCAUUACUAUCCACCAGUCAUAGCCAUCAAAACCCAGUAAGCCUGGCCAAGAAAUCAUAAGAAAAUCUCAAUCAUGCCUUCUCCUUCUUCCCUUCAAUGGCUAAGCUUGGUAGCCAUCAUCUGGCUUCAAUCCAUCAACGGUACAAACUCCGAUUUUCCAGCAUACUCCUCCGAAAUCAAACGCCUUCUCUCUAUCUCCCAAGUACAACUCAACAACCUUGCCUUUGCAUCUGAUGCAGGGAAGCUCUUGGGUUGGGUUUCAGGCAUCGCUGCGGCCCACCUUCCACUUUGGCUUGUACUUUUAAUCGGAGCCGUUCUUGGGUUGAUUGGUUAUGGGGUGCAAUAUCUAUUCCUUGUGAAGACUAUCACUUCUCUACCUUACUGGCAAACCUUUCUACUCUGUGUUUUGGCGGGAAAUAGUAUUUGUUGGAUUAAUACAGUGAGUUACGUGGCGACGAUCCAGAACUUCCCAUCUGAUAGUCAGAUUGCUGUGGGGCUAUCUACUAGCUAUUUUGGAUUAAGCGCGAAGAUCUAUACGUCCAUGGUCGAUCUGAUCUUUCAUGGACCGUCCAUCAAGAAGGCUGAAGGGUAUCUCCUCUUAAACGCGGUUGUACCGGUAGCGGCUUCUGUAGUAACUGCACCACUUGUUAGAGAGAUCAAGAACGAGAAGGGUACAAAACUGAGAGGUGGGUUUGUGGCUAUGUUCUUUAUAACAAUAGCGACGGGUGUGUAUGCUUUGAUUAGCACUGUUGGGCCUUUAUCGAGACGGUUAUCGUCUGUCGCGCAUGCGGUCGGUCUGGGGGUGCUGUUGGUGGUGCCGGUUGUGAUUCCAGCUAUGGCUAUGAUUAGAGAUGGUUUUGAAGCGAGAUGGGCUAGUAAAAGGGAGAGGAGGGUUUAUAGUUUUAGUAUGGACGAGAUUAGUGGUGAUGUAUUGGAGAUUGAUGUAAAAGGAGGAGAUGGGGUUGGAGAAGAUGGUGUGAUGGGAGUGGGAGAAGAGAUUGGAGUGAAAAAGAUGGUGAGAAGAGUGGAGUUUUGGUUGUAUUUCUUUGUGUAUAUGUUUGGUGCUACACUGGGGUUGGUUUUCUUGAAUAAUCUGGGACAGAUAGCUGAAUCUCGAGGACUAUCUAAGACUUCUAGUUUGGUGUCUUUGUCUUCUUCCUUUGGGUUCUUUGGUCGUCUCAUACCAUCUCUCUUGGACUACCUUGUCUCAAAGAAUAGAUAUAUGGUCUCAAGAACAGCAUCCAUAGCAACAUACAUGGCUCCAAUGGCUGGAGCAUUCUUCCUCCUCCUCAGCACCACCAACCUCUCCUUAUACAUCAGCACUGCCAUUAUAGGCGUAUGCACCGGUGCAAUCACAUCCGUCGCCGUAUCCACAACCUCAGAGCUCUUCGGUGCAAAGAACUUCAGCAUAAACCACAACAUCAUCGUCGCCAACAUCCCAAUCGGCUCCCUUCUCUUCGGCUACUCCGCCGCUCUUCUCUACCAAAAAGAAGGAAAUGCAGGAAAUGGCAAAUGCAUGGGAUUUGAAUGCUACAAGACCACUUUCCUCGUAUGGGGCUUCAUUUCCUCUCUUGGGACCCUUCUCAGUUUCAUCCUCUACAUCAGAACUAGAAAAUUUUACCUACAAAGAUCAUAGUAGGGACUAACAAGUGUACGGUUUUCUAAUCGCACCCAAAUAUAUCCAAGAUCCAGUCCGUCCAUCAGGUGGGCCUUGCCAUGUGGAUUCCAAAUUCCAAAAAUCUCGCUGACCCACUUGUCUUUCUGGCCACACAUGGCUCCCAAUGUUUUGGACGUGGAUUUGACAGGGGGUUGAGUGGUCCAUUGAGAUUACCAUAACAUAAAAAGAAAAAAAAAAUAACUAACAAUAACAAACAUAUGAUAUGAUUAGAGGUCUAUAAAGGUUGAUGAGAAAAAUCGAUUACUUUAAAGUUGUAUUACGAUAUCUACUUGUAAUUCAAUGUUUUUAUAUUUACUACCUCUGAGAGCUUUCUUUCUCUUGGCAAUAUAAAAAUAUCUGGGAAUC